CUCUCUUUGUAAACCAAAUAAUUAGCAUUCAUCUCCAAGUUCAAUACAUGGGUAUAACCUUUAGAACCGUAGCAGUUCAAAUCUUCAUCAUGUAUGAAAAUCUCUUUUCAAAUGCACUCGUAUAAAAUACUUGCUAUAUAUUUGAGUAAUAAGAUAAACAAUCAAAUUCAAAUCGACUGGAACAGUGGAACGUCAUUAAAUAUUUAAAUGAGAUACCUGCGCUUUUGAUUGGUCGAAAAUAUCAUUUGACGUCUGCAUCAAAAGAAUUAAGCCGGUUUUUCAGUAAAACAUCCCUUUGAUAUAUGAUAAUCAAGAUAAGAAUAUUCAUUUCAUUUCUGGGUGUUUAAGGAACAACAUCUAUCUAGACACUCAGAGGGGCAUGGUUUCGAUUUUUAUCAAAACUGGUACCGAUCUCUCUGAUUUUAAUGUUUACAAUGCUUCAGUAAGGCAUUGCUAAAAGUCAACCAAAAUUUUUUUUUUUUAAUGUUUGUAAAAGCGAUAUAUUUUAGGCGAAAUCGUAUGCUAAGUGCGCUCUACUUCUUUGACUCAAAGAAUAAUAACGUGAAUUGUAUUUUAUCAAAUUAAAUUAAGUACACUAAUAUAAAUACAUGUACAUAGUCGUGAACUUCAUAUAAUAUAUUACGUUCAGGCAAUUUUGUUUAGAACUGACUAAUCAUAAUCUGGUCAGUGGCCAUGCACGAACGGAGACUAACUACAGGAGAAUUUUGUAUUGAAAUAUGCCUUAAACAUUGAUGCGUGAAAACAACGAGGUAAGGACGCUUUCUUGACAAGGAAAUCAAUUUAAUAGUCUGGACUGAGUUUUUUAAAAAAUAGUUAAAAAUCAAGUAAUAAUAUUAUAUGUAUAAGUUUAUGUCUAUUUCAAACGUCUAAUUCAGAAUUUGGUGACGCAGUACUUAUAUUUUCUUUCAAACUUCUAUCUUGUCUUGGGAUGUUUAUAAGUAUAUUUAAUUCCAUUGUAAUAAUGAAUCAGUAAUCUGCUUUUUGGAUAUUUUGUUGUAUAAUGUUUUAACUCGAUUAGCACUAUCCAAGUUUUACAUUGCUGUGAUCUGGUCUUUGAUUGAAAAACUAUAUUCGAGUAACUAUAUACAUGUAUGAAGGGGAAAAAACCUGGUUUAUACACCUAUUUACAGUGUACCUGUGAACUUGUCAAGUGUAUGUGCAAGGUAAAUUACACAUCCUUGCAAUGCUUGACACAACAAUCCUAGUCAGUGUGUAUUACUCUGACACGAAACUCCAAAAUGUGAUAUUAUUGUAAUGAAAUGAUACAUCGAAUAUCCACUUUACUUCGUAACGGUUUUGUGUCUGAAUUUAACAUUUAUUUAUAAUUAAUGAAAAGAAAUAUCAUCAAAUGAAAGUAGAAUAUAUAUGAUAAUGAUAACGCCCUCUGUCUGUUUCUCGAAGCGUAGAAAACGCAUGUACGCCAAUUUUCAUUCUUGUAGCUAUGUCAACGAUAAUUUUAUAUCAUCAAUUAGUGAACGUUUUAAUACAAAACCUAUAAUUCUAUUCAGCAUAAUAGAUAAACACUGCUUAUAAAUACGCAAAAUGAAGUGUCAUGGUCCAGGAAGUAUAUAAAAAACAAAACGCAUUACUUGAAAUGUGUCAUGUGGGCUCAUACAUGUAGUCAUUUGGAUGUACAAGAAGUAAAUGUUUUUAGGUCAAAGAUUGAGUUUCAGGAUGUCAACACAUUUCAUUUCAAUUAUUUGGAUAUUUUACAUUGAUGAAAUCAUCGCACAAGAACCAUGUACCAGAAGCGCUGGCUUCUCGGACCCGAACAUUGCUGGUGCAGUGUAUGAAUCCAGUGUAUUAGAAUUUGACCCGAAGUCCCCUCUAUACAGAACGGACACUACAAUCGAAGGAAUCAAUGGAGGAACUGUUACUGACUCGGGAGUUACUCUAACUAUCCUCCGAACACAGGCCACACCAAGUUCAGUAAAUUUAAAUGAUCUGAUUGAACUGGUAACAGAGACUGUGUCUGGUUCACCCUAUGGAAGGCGGACUUACAUCCGAUUAAAGAAAGAAAUCGAUAGAGACGGAACUUCCUUCACUGCUGUUGAUGACCUGGACACAGUUGAAUUUGAAAUAUCAUGUGUGUCCCUGAAAAGUCCCACGGAAACCAAGUAUUUCAUUGUGCAACUGGAGAUUCGAGACAUCAACGAUAAUCCGCCCAUCUUUGUUAAUGCUCCGUACACAGCUUCAGUUGAUGAGUCAGCUCCCGUUGGGACCACAGUGUAUUCUGGGAUAUCAGCAACAGAUCUGGAUGCUGGACCAAACAAAGAGAUAGAAUUUGCCAUAGUUCCUGGAGAUGGCAGUAUUAAUGAUGGUUCCACCAGAUUUCUACUCCCCAUAACAUCUCGAGGAGAAAUCGUUGUCAGACAACCAUUAGAUUUUGAAUCUGUUCAGUCAUAUACUCUCAGCAUAUCUGCAACUGACAAAGCCAGUAAUCCUGCCGACAGAAGACAAGCUACCACCACCAUAACAAUCAGUGUCAAUGAUGUUGAUGAUCUGGGACCCAAGUUUGUGUACACCGGGUGUGUUGAGGUGGACAAUGUCUGUUUCAACCCAAUUUAUUCAACUAGUGUGACAUCUGGGUCAACUGGUGGUGUACUAGUAUUUAAUCCUGUACCAGCAAAUUCUAGUAUUCCAAAUGUUGUGAACAUUGUGGCAGAGGACAGGGAUACUCUCAAUGCACCUAUCAACUUUGCUAUACAACAAACUCUACCAACUGGCUACCAGAAUAGGUUCCAGGUUACCACUCAACAGGUGUCGGGUUCAGCUAACCAGUACCAAGCUAUUGUAACCCAGACCAGUUCCUUUAACCGAUCUCAGGUUUCUGAGAUGGAACUUUUCAUUGAGGCUAGAGAAACCUUAACCAACAGAUAUUCCAAUAGGGCAACCAUUCAGAUGACUAUUGCUGCUGUCAAUAACGACAGCGAUGGCAACUCUUGUGAUAUAAACAGAAACUCACCCAAGUUUCCAGUACCAAUGUAUAUUGUCAACAUUAGGGAGGGAAAUUAUACAAAAGUGCACCAACUCCUGUUAGAGGUUUUAGCAACUGACGGGGAUGAAAAUCAAGUUAGUGGAAUUUUGUUCGACAUACAGGGUGUAUCCAAUAAUGGAGCGGGGAAAUUCUCUUUGAAAUCCAAUGGGCAAACGGGGAAAUGAAUAUAGCCGACGACAAGAGGUAUUUAUGAACACGAAAGUUAUGACAAACUUAAUCUUACUGAUUACAGUAAUUGAGCUUAAAUGUACGUACAUAUGAUGUUACCUUGAAUUUCAGAAGUACUUCCGUUCCUGUUGAGGUUAGAGUUGUAUCCCUUGGAAAGAAUCGUUAAAGGCACAGGAAUAUUGACAUAGAUUUUGAAAGCUUGUACUGGAAAAAAAUUGUACUGUGAUAGGAUUGUAUGUGGAGAAAAAAUCUGUACAGUGAUAGAAUUGUGUGUGGAGAAAAAAAAUGUACAGUGAUAGGAUUGUGUGUGGAGAAAAAAAAAUGUACAGUGAUAGGAUUGUAUGUGGAGGAAAAAAAUUAUCCGAUGUCGGUAGAAAUAUUGAAAGGGGAGGUAAAGAUUGUUUGAUGGUGUAGAACAAUUUUAAUACAUACUGAUCAUCACAGGAAGAAGAGUCCUGUAUGAAAAUAUAGUAAAAUAUUCAAAUUUCCAAUAUUCACUUUUUAUAGCCAAAAUAUAUACAUGUAAUAAAUUCCUCACCAAAUAUUAGCCAAUAGCUUUAAAAAAAUCAUAUAUCUUAACUUAAUGUAGAACUGAUGGGAUUCUUUGUUGCCCACCCAGCCUCUUUAUAACAGUAAUUUAGCAUUGAUAAAGACGCAAGUCACUUAUAAAAGUUGGUUCACCUUGUCUACCAUUAAUAGUUCUCUUGUCUUUUAAAUUUAUCAAAAAGUAUAUUUGAAUUAAAGUGAUAUAGUGCAUUUAAAAAGAUUCCACUUUUUAAAUACUUGACUAUAUAAUUUUAUUAGCUAUGAUUUCUUAUCACUUUCUGAAAAAUGUUUAGCUACAUUGUAAUAUCUAGAAGCUUUUCAAUAAAGUUAGGCAUUUUUAAUGUUCUAAAAAAAGUACCACAUCUGUUAUGAUUCAAUCCUUCAAACAACACGUUUGGUUGAAACAUAAAGAAAGCUAAAUGUACAUGUACAUGGGCAUUGAAAGUAAAAAUAAAAAUUAUUUAAUUUGGUUUACCACUAGUCGGUCAUUGCCUUUUAUGACAUUAUUCAUUUUUUUUUUAUCAUAAACUGUAUUGUUUAUAAAUUUGUAUUUUUUUGUGAAUAAAU